GGAUUUCUUGAAACUUGAUCCUUCAGAAGCUUCUCUUCAUGCUUUGGAAAAUACAAAUCAGCAGUCCACAUUCCUAACAACCUUUUUUUUUCAUCAUCCUUUUACUGACAGCAAGCUGGUUUCCUCCUGUUACAUACUGUCUUGGGGUAAGGCUCCUUUGGGGGACCCCAGCCUGCUCCCGAAAUGAAGUUCUGGGUCAUUUUUAUCCUGAUUCUUGUCCACGAAGCACUUCAAAAUGUUUUUGGUCAACCUGCUCUGAAAGGAAAACGGUCAAAAGAACCUGCAGAGAAUAAAAUCAAACCUGCAAUCAAGAAAGUGAAACCCAAGAUUGUUAAACUAAAGGAGUCCACGGAAACCAUCACUAAGGUGUACUCUAUCAUGACCCAAGUAAUGGACAAAGGCCGCUUCCAGAAACCCCCGGCAAUGCUCAGUAUGUCAGCAGGGCAAAACAUGGAGCUACGCUGCAAGGGAGAUAAGAUAGCAUGGAGCUAUCCCGAAUACCUCAACACAUUCAAAGACUCCAGACUCAGCAUUAAACAGCUUGACAGAUAUGGGCAGCUGAUACUGAUGAAUUCCUCUGCUGCAGACACCGGGGAGUUUAGCUGCUGGGCCCAGCUCUGUGACAGUGCCGGUUGCAGAAAGGAUGAAUCUAAGGUCGGAUCCACGUACAUUUUCUUCACAGAUAAAGGAGAACUCUUUGUGCCAUCUUCCAGUUACUUUGAGAUUGUGUACCUGCACCCAGAUAAACCGACAGUCAUCCCAUGCCGUGUGACGACCGCAUCCGCUAAAGUCACCCUACACAGGGAGUUUCCAGCUGAGGUGAUCAAGGCUGACGGCACAGACAUUGUCUAUGAUGUGAAGAAAGGUUUUGUGUACCAGCACCCACGUGCUAACCAAAGCGGAGUGGUAUAUUGCCGAGCAGAGGCCCGGGGAGCGCCACAAAUAUCUAUCAAGUACCAGUUACUCUACGUGGAAGUUCCCAGUGGCCCACCCUCUGCCACUAUAUCAGCUUCUGCAAGCAAGGUUCGGAGUGGAGGUGACUUUAGUAUACUCUGCACUGUCCUGGGGGAGCCAGAUGUAGAAGUAGAGUUUAUGUGGAUCUACCCUGGACAACAGUAUGGAAGGCCUGUGGACAUUCAGGACUCCUGGAGGCUAGUAAACCGUGGAAUUGGACACACCACCAGAAUCUCAAAGAGCAUCAUCAAUGUGGAAGACUUUGAAACCAUUGACGCUGGCUACUAUAUUUGUAAAGCACAGAACCUCCGAGGACAGACGACACUUGCUACCAGAGUGGAUAGAUUUUAAAUGGACCUUCCAUUCCAGGCAAGAAUGCAUUAAAGGCAAAGCUUGCUAGAUUCCUCAGCGCUUCCGAGGUUUCACAUGUAUAUAUUACAAGCAAGACCGUUUCCAUUUCAUUCCAGCCGCCCAUGUGUACUAGGUAAGACAUCCAGCCUUCCAGAUGUGUGGAACAUAACGGACUGAGGAGAGCUCCUCAUGGUUACACUCAUUCUUAGGCCUGGUUUCCCUUUACAAAUAAUAAAUCAUAAUGAUAGGAAAUUCUGUAUUCAGUCAAAUACUUAAUGUAUAGUAUUCCAUUUUAACCAUGUUUCAUAUUAAAAAGCAAAAUAAAUACUUAUUUUUCAUUGUAGUUCUAUUUAGCAUUAAAUAAAAUAUUACAUGUCUGUUGCUAGGACGUGCACCACACGGUGUGAUGUUUGUAUCAGUGGUAAGGCCCAUUCAUCCCAAACAACUGUUAUGUUGUGUUGAUUUAUUGCAUUGUAAUGUGUAUUUCCAGCACCUUAAUACAAGUUUGAGAUUUA